CCGCCGCCGCAGCAUAAACUGCAUCUCAGUGAGCACAGUACGGGGGGACACGGGAUAUUCGCUCAGAAAGAGAGACUACAGCGGGCUGUUCUAAAACAGAGGAUGGAGCUCGAAUGGAGAGAACGUUAGCGCUCCUCAGAAUAUAGAAUAACGGAGCACAUUUUAGAUAUCCAGGGACGAAUGUGUUUAGAGCUUGUUUUCCCAAAUUAGAUGCAACCAUAUUCAGUGUGACAUGAAUGGCAAAUAAGUAGCCCGUUCGUAGGCUAAUUUUAGUCCAUGGCAGCUCUUCCAAAUAGCACUAUUCCUGAUAUUUGAGAAGUAGGCUAAUUAUUAGACAGACAGGUAGGCUACAAUCCCACUCAAACUGCCGACUCCACACUUGGAUUACACAGCAGGAGGAGAAAGGAACACUGUCGCCGGAGUCCAAACUCUCCUCCGGCUCUCCGGAGUUAUUUUUGUACCCAGACCGUGACUUUGACAACCCCGGAUUUAAACGUGUUUUUCUGGCUUUGAAUGUAAAGCUAUCUGCGUUCCUAGCCCAAUGCUUGAUAUCAGGGGUAUUGUUGAGAUUUUUGGCUUUCUAUUGUUGAAAUAAUUUUGCAUGAGUUGAAUGUUCAUGUUUAGUAGGCGUAUUGGGUUAUUUUGAGAUCUUCUCCGGUUAUACGGACACUCCUAAUAAUGUUGGCUUGUGGCAGACAGACUGCCUUGAUAUCGUCUUUGAUAUCAUAAGUGUUUAUGCAUUGUCAUAUUUUUUGGAGAGGAAACGCCCCUUCAGCGCACCUCCUCUCUCUCUCUCUGCCACCCACUCACCCGGCUCGUCCAUAAUUUUUGAAGGUGAACGGUGUUUGUUAGGUUCCACAAGGCGGCUCAGUGUUCAGCACUCAAGCAGGAUGUUCAUCUCGGUGUGGUAUGCCAAAAAAAUGGGUCGGCGGUUCAUCAACAACGUCCGGAAAGCCAAGAAGCUUCCGCACCAUAUAAUGGGAAAUUCUCCUCCAGUGGUGGUGAACACUGACACACUUGACGGCUCCCCCUACAUCAACGGGACAGAGGGGGAAAUUGAGUAUGAAGAGAUUACACUAGAAAGAGGUAACUCAGGCCUGGGUUUCAGUAUAGCUGGGGGAACGGAUAAUCCUCAUGUUGGUGAUGACCCCAGCAUCUUCAUCACCAAGAUCAUCCCUGGGGGAGCUGCGGCCCAGGACGGACGGCUGAGUGUGAAUGACAGUAUCCUGUUUGUGAAUGAUGUUGAUGUGAGGGAGGUGACCCACAGUCUGGCUGUAGAGGCUCUGAAGGAGGCGGGGGCUAUCGUCCGCCUCUACGUGCUGCGCAGGAAACCAGCCGCAGAGAAAGUUACAGAGAUCAAACUCAUCAAAGGGCCCAAAGGUUUAGGUUUCAGCAUCGCUGGAGGGGUGGGUAACCAGCACAUUCCAGGAGACAACAGCAUCUAUGUCACUAAGAUCAUCGAGGGUGGAGCUGCUCACAAGGACCAGCGGCUGCAGAUAGGGGAUAAGAUACUGGCGGUGAACAGUGUGUGUCUGGAGGACGUGAUGCAUGAAGAUGCAGUGGGAGCCCUGAAGAACACAGCUGAGGUGGUUUACCUCAGGGUGGCCAAACCCAACAACCUCUACCUAAACUCCUACAACCCCCCUGACCUCACCAGCACAUACUCCCCUCACAUGGACACAGAUCUUGGCCCCAGCUACCUUGGAUCAGAUUACCCACAAGCCCUCACUCCCACCUCACCCAGUCGCUUCUCUCCAGUGUUGCACAGCUUGAUGGGGGAUGAAGACCUUCCCAGGGACCCUAGGAGAGUGCUGAUCCACAGGGGUUCUACAGGCCUGGGUUUUAACAUCGUGGGAGGAGAGGAUGGAGAGGGCAUCUUCAUCUCCUUCAUCCUGGCAGGGGGGCCUGCCGACCUGAGCGGAGAGCUGCGCAAGGGCGACCAGAUCCUCAGCGUGAAUGGAGUGGACCUACGUAUCGCCACCCAUGAGCAGGCUGCAGCAGCCCUGAAGAACGCUGGCCAGACUGUCACCAUCAUCGCCCAGUACAGACCAGAGGAAUACAGCCGUUUCGAAGCGAAGAUCCACGACCUGAGGGAACAGCUGAUGAACAGCAGCAUGGGUUCUGGUCAGACGACACUGAGGAGCAACCCCAAGAGAGGCUUCUACAUAAGGGCCCUGUUUGACUAUGAUAAGACAGCAGACUGUGGUUUCCUGAGCCAGGCGGUGGGCUUCAGGUUUGGUGACGUGCUCCAUGUCCUGGACUGUGGUGAUGAGGAGUGGUGGCAGGCCAGACGGGUCAGCCCCCAGACAGAUGCUGAGGAGAUCGGCUUUAUUCCCAGCAAACGCAGGGUAGAAAGGAAAGAGUGGUCUCGCAUGGGCACAAAAGAAAGGGAUCGCAGUCGAGACAGCCUCGGGUCUCAAGGGAGGGACGAUUCUCAACACAGCUAUGAAACAGUCACACAAGUGGAGGUCCAUUAUGCCAGGCCCAUCAUAAUAUUGGGUCCUAUAAAGGACAGGGUAAAUGAUGACCUGCUGUCUGAGUUCCCUGACAAGUUUGGAUCUUGUGUCCCUCACACCACGCGGCCCAAGCGUGAGUACGAGGUGGACGGGCGGGACUACCACUUUGUGUCGUCACGGGAACAAAUGGAGAAGGACAUCCAGAGCCACCGCUUCAUCGAGGCGGGCCAGUACAACAGCCAUCUGUACGGCACCAGCGUUCAGAGCGUCCGCGAGGUGGCAGAGCAGCAGGGGAAACACUGUAUACUGGAUGUGUCAGCCAAUGCUGUCCGCAGACUACAGGCCGCUCAGCUCCACCCUAUCGCCAUCUUCGUCCGGCCCAAGUCACUUGAGAAUGUCCUAGAGAUCAACACUCGUCUGACAGAAGAGCAGGCCAGGAAGGGUAUGGACCGCGCUCUCAAACUGGAACAGGACUUCCUAGAGUGCUUCUCAGCUGUGGUGGAAGGAGACAGCUUCGAGGAGGUUUACCACAAGGUGAAGACGGUGAUCGAGGAGCAAUCAGGGCCUUACAUCUGGAUCCCCACCCGGGAGAGGCUGUGAGGCUGCCCCAUAACCCACCUCCACCCCCCAACCACCCUCAGACAGUCUGCCCUCCAGCCCAACCAGCGUUUAAAGAGACAGACAUAGAAACACAGACGGACAGACAGACAGACAGACACAGAAACACAGAGAGAUAGACAUGAGAGUAUUUAAUAAAUAUUCAUAUAUAAUCAAUGUGUGGUGAGUACUGAGAAAGACUGGAGAGGGGUGACCCAGUUUGAUGUGGCAGGGCGGGGCGGGGCGGGGGGCGUCCCCGGGAUAAGCACAGGGUAAAUUAUCUGCCAUCUCUCCCUCUCUGUCUCUCUCAGUCUCAUUGGCUGCCUUUGACAUCCCCGCCGACAAGGUGGCAAAACCAUCAGCAUCCAUCUGAUCCUUCCUUUGUUAUAUCCCUUAGGCUUCUCUCCUCCUCCUGUCUCCUCUCUCUCUGUUCAGGACAUGAAAAUGAGGGAGAGAGAGAGAAGGAGAGUGCAUAGACUAUGGAAGGGCACACAGAUACUAUUGAGUUCCUCUAAUCCAGAGGAGGCGCUUUUCUAGUGAAAAGGCUUUGCUCUAUGAACAACACCCCACUAACCAAGACUGGCAUUCGCUCAAUCACCCACGAAAAGCAUUGCAAGGACAUCAAAAGCAGCACAAAUUAAAACUCAAAAGUUGAACUUGCGCAUGCGUCCUCAAAGAACUCAGAGAUGGGAGUUGAGGAAAAUGACGGAUAUUAAGAAGAAUGAAUAGAGAAAAAGAAGAAGAGAAAUGACUUGGAGGUGUGUCCCACCCGUCUUUCCGUUUCCCCCGCCGUUUGGUGGGGGAGUUUUUAGCAUGUCUCAACAGAGAGGAGCAGAGCAGUGCAGACAGAGAAAAAGGGGGGUGUCUUUCUUGUGUGCAAACUCACUGUGUGCAUUGACAAUGGAAGACCUCACAUAGUGUAACCUCUGGGUCUCUUCUGUACCGCACACACAGUCAGCCGUACAGUAGUGCCAUUCUAAUCCACCUGGCUGUUCUCCAAAAGCACUGGUUGUUCUGACCUGUUUGUAACAGGCAGGCAGAUCCCAGGCUGAAUGUUCUCUUAGUGCACAACAGCAGAGUUCUUAUGUUCAGCUCUUUAGUGUUAAGAGCACCGCAGCCAAUUCUCUGAUCACUCUUCCAAAAAGACCCCUCAACAACCCACACACAGUGUUCUCACUGGCCACUCUGAGCAGUGGUGUGUGUGUGUGUGUGUGUGUGUGUGUGUGU